AUGGAUUUCGAAGCUCUGAAGGAUCAAUGGAGUGACGUGGAGGACCGCGAUGGUGUCCGGCUUAGUUGGAACACUUUCCCGAGCUCUCGCAUGGAGGCCUCCCGCUUGGUCGUUCCCAUUGCUGCCGUCUAUACACCCCUCAAGGAGAAGCCCGAUUCCCCAUUGCUUCAAUAUGAGCCGGUCACUUGCAAGCAGCCCUGUCGGGCUGUGCUCAACCCAUAUGCAACUGUCGAUAUCCGCGCACGAAUCUGGAUUUGCCCCUUCUGUCUAAUGCGCAACCCUCUGCCGCCUCACUAUAAGGAUAUCACGGAAAACACAAUACCCCCCGAGCUCCACCCCUCGAGCACCACGAUCGAGUACCAAUUGGCACGCCCAGCCCCAGCUCCCCCGAUCUUCCUCUACGUUGUCGAUACUUGCCAGGAGGAUGACAGUCUGCAAGCGCUCAAGGAUGCGCUCAUCAUGAGCUUGUCUCUGCUGCCGCCCAAUGCGCUCGUUGGUCUGGUUACCUAUGGAACUAUGGCUCAAGUGCAUGAACUCGGCUACACCGAGUGUGCCAAGUCUUAUGUCUUCCGAGGAAACAAGGACUACACCGCCAAGCAAGUACAGGAAAUGCUAGGCCUCGCCCACGGUGUUCGCCCUGGUGCACCUCAACAACAACCAGCUCGCCCUCCUCUCCCUCCUGCUGCGCGUUUCCUUCUGCCCGUUCAGCAGGCCGAGUUCCAGAUCACCAGUGUCCUCGAACAACUGCAGCAUGACCCCUGGCCUGUUGCAAACGAUAAGCGUCCCCUGCGCUGUACCGGUGUGGCUCUGAGUGUUGCGACUAGCUUGUUAGAGAGCUCUUUCCAAAAUGCCGGUGCCCGCAUCAUGAACUUUGUCAGUGGUGCCGCUACUGAAGGUCCCGGCCAUGUUGUUUCGCCCGAGCUGAAGGAGCCAAUCCGUUCCCACCACGACAUUGAUCGCGAUAACAUUAAGUACUACAAGAAGGCUGUCAAGUUCUACGAUAACCUCGCUAAGCGCGCUGCCAACAACGGCCACAUUGUCGACAUUUUCGCUGGAUGUCUUGAUCAAGUCGGUCUUUUGGAAAUGAAGAACCUGUCUAACUACACUGGCGGACACAUGCUGUUGACGGACAGCUUCACCUCAUCUCAGUUCAAGCAAUCCUUUAUUCGGGUAUUCGACAAGGACGCCAACGAUAACCUUCUCAUGGGCUUCAAUGCCUCAUUGGAGGUCCUCACAACCAAGGAGCUCAAGGUCACCGGUCUCAUUGGUCACGCUAUCUCUUUGAACAAGAAGUCUAGUGCUGUUGGUGAAACCGAGUGUGGUAUUGGAAACACAUGUGCUUGGAAGAUGUGCGGUAUUGACCCAUCUUCAAGUUACGGUAUUUACUUUGAAAUUGCCAACCAGGGUGGUCCCACUGCUGUGCAGCUUGGUCCUCAAAGGGGCAUGAUGCAGUUCUUGACAUACUACCAGCACUCUUCCGGGCAUUACCACCUGCGCGUGACUACCACCGCUCGGCCUCUGAGUGGCCCCGCUGGUGACCCGACACUGGCACAGUCGUUCGACCAGGAGGCUGCAGCGGUGCUCAUGGCUCGAAUUGCUGUCUUCAAGGCGGAAGUGGAUGAUGGUCCUGAUGUGCUCCGCUGGGUGGACCGCAUGCUGAUCAGGCUCUGCUCACGCUUCGCUGACUACCGGAAGGAUGACCCAACAUCAUUCCGGUUGGAAAAGAACUUCACCCUCUACCCUCAGUUUAUGUUCCACUUACGACGAAGCCAGUUCUUGCAAGUUUUCAACAACUCCCCCGAUGAGACGGCAUUCUACCGUCACGUUUUGAACCAUGAGGAUGCCGGUGACUCACUUGUCAUGAUUCAACCUACCCUGGACUCAUAUUCUCUGGAAGAGGAAGGCGCCAAUCCCGUGUUGCUGGACUCGGCAUCCAUUCAACCCCAGCACAUUCUUCUCCUCGACACCUUCUUCCACAUUCUUAUCUUCCACGGCGAGACCAUUGCCGAAUGGCGGAAAGCUGGUUACCAGGAGCAGGAGGGCUACGAGAACCUCAAGGCACUUUUACAGCAGCCCAAGGAGGAUGCCAGGGAACUUAUUGCCGAGCGCUUCCCUCUUCCCCGAUUCAUUGUCUGUGAUGCCGGUGGCUCUCAGGCCCGUUUCCUAUUGUCUAAGCUGAACCCAUCGACUACCCACACUACUGGAGGCUACGGCGGUGGUGUGUCGUCGCAAACCAUCUUCACCGAUGACGUCUCUUUGCAGACAUUCAUGGAUCACCUGAUGAAACUCGCGGUAUCUGGCACUAGCUAG